CGGCAGCGGGUUGUUUUGUUAAAAAUUUUCUUCAAAAUUCAAAACUCCCUUUUUGCAGGUCAAACUCGCAUCCGACCUGUUCAAUUGCUCAUCGUCUUGAUCGCAAAUUUUUCAGAGCGGUGAAAUCAAAAUCCUGCGAUUUUUUAUUUAAAUUUAAAUUUAAAUCGCACACCCAGCUCUUCCCUCUUGGACGCGUUCUUUAACAAGCGCGCGUUUCUAUCUUGAGCUUAAAUCGGCCCCCCGACCACCAAAGGGGAAAAAGUGCCGUGGACGGGAUAUCACCAACCACCAAAGUCCCCAAAAGAGAUAAAAAAAAAAAGGUCAUCAAAUGCCUUCCCCGGCAGCAUCGCGCGGUCGUGGCCGUCCCCGUAAGAGCGACGCUGGCGCCGAGGCUGACUCUGUCGGCGCCGCGCUCGACAGCACUCCCAAGUCGCGUGGUCGCCCUUCCACCCGCGCCCCAGGCGAGGCUGACGCAAAGGUCACCAAGUCCGGCGGCACUGGACGCCGCGGCAGGCCACCCAAGGACGCCAACGCACCCCCAAAGCCCCCCGGACCAAAGAAGGAGCCGUCUGGUCGCCCCAGGGGCCGCCCUCGGCUGUAUGCGCCCGGCGAGUCCCCCACCGCGCUCAAGAUCGCCGCCAAGCGCGCUGCCGCUAAGAAGGACGGCCGGGGCAGGCCACGUAAGAACGCCGGCCUCGCAGAGGUCAAGAAGGCCGACAAUGGCGAAGGCGAGGACGAGGACGAUGAGGAGGAUGCCGAUGCCGACGCUAAUGGCGAGAACGAGGAUGAUAUUGAUGAGGAAGCUUUGAAGGAGGCCAUCGAUUCACUCCUCGAUGACAACUACUGAUGCCAAAAAAAAACAACAACAAAAAAGGCAGUGGAUAUGAGCACGAGGGAACGUUUGCGUAAACCAUGCUCGUCAACGGCCACAAAAGGCGUCCCCGUACCUUUUUCUUUAACAUCAGUCUUUUGGCAAGUUUUGACUCUUCUGGCCCCAACAUUUGUCUACCUUCUCAAUCUUUCGCACGCGGUUUAGGAUGCUUCUUGUUCUUCCAAAUAUUUGAUUUCUGCUUUUGUUACUUUCUGUUUGAUGCGGCAUUCGGCAAUGGGAAGAUUACUGGGGAGCUGGCAGGCGCAAUGGCUUGGGAUUCUUUUAUUCUAGUUUAUCCGAGAGAGGCACAGGUUACAAUGGCUAGCAUAAAAAAUCGGCCACAGACCAAUAUGAGGCAUUACGUGUCUAGCUGCAGAACAAGAGGUGAUAUCCGAUGUGCAACCUCCAUCCCUUCACGGACGAGAGAGCCGGACAUGAAUGCAGAACACCGGAUGUGUUUCUUCAUUUUUUUUUUUUUUUUUUCAUUCCUUUUUCCAUUCCUCAAACUCCUGCAGGA